AUGGGUGCUUACAAGUAUUUAGAAGAAUUACACAGAAAGAAGCAAUCUGAUGUCCUAAGAUUCUUACAAAGAGUCAGAGUCUGGGAAUACAGACAAAAGAAUGUCAUCCACAGAGCUUCUAGACCAUCUAGACCAGAUAAGGCUAGAAGAUUAGGUUACAAGGCUAAGCAAGGUUUCGUUAUCUACAGAGUCAGAGUCAGAAGAGGUAACAGAAAGAGACCUGUUCCAAAGGGUGCCACCUACGGUAAGCCAACUAACCAAGGUGUUAACGAAUUGAAGUACCAAAGAUCUUUAAGAGCUACUGCUGAAGAAAGAGUUGGUCGUCGUGCUGCCAACUUAAGAGUCUUGAACUCUUACUGGAUCAACCAAGAUUCUACUUACAAAUACUACGAAGUUAUCUUAGUUGACCCACAACACAAAGCUAUCAGAAGAGACCCAAGAUACAACUGGAUCUGUAACCCAGUCCACAAGCACCGUGAAAACAGAGGCUUAACAGCUACUGGUAAGAAAUCUAGAGGUAUCAACAAGGGUCACAAGUAUCACAACACUCAAGCCGGUAGAAGAAAGACCUGGAAGAGACAAAACACCUUAUCCUUAUGGAGAUACAGAAAAUAA